UUCUCUUAUUGCACUAUCUGCCAUGAAGCGUGUGCAGUCAGCUAAGGCCUUCCUGGCUUCCGCUGCUUCUGCAAAGAAACUGCGUGCAGAACCCACUCCAUCCGAUACUCCAUCUCGAACCAGAUCUGCCUACUCUGUCCAACAAUCCAUACAACCCCCUCCUCCACCUCCAACCGCACCAACAGACAACAGCAAUGACGACAUCCAAUACGCUCCGAUCCUCGACUCCGACGACGACACCACUCAAGACUGCGUCAUUACAUACGACCCCGUCAUCUCAGCUGAUCCAGCUGAUCCUGAUCUCGACAAGGUCAUCAUCAACUACUCUGACUCCGACGACGACGACCCAAAAGUCACCUCUGAGAUUAUUAAUCUCGACCAAAACAUCCAGCUCUCCAUGUUCGCUCCCUCCUCCGACAAUCUCAUCCACUCCCAACAUCUCUCUCUCUACGCCCUAGCUCACUCUGAGACCCUCGUCAUCCAAGGACAAUACUCCGUCCGCGUGCUCAAAGGAACCCUCUCUCUCUACGGAGCAUCUCUCACACCUUCCAGCACAUUUCAUCAAGUUUUCGCUCCUACCUCAUCUGCUCUUCCAAUUCUCUCUGCCAGAAUCACAGACGACGACAACAAUAUCGACAACAGCAACCUCAUCUCUGAAAUCAAAUCAUUACUUCCCAAACACACACGACCGACAACUGCGCAAUUACAACCACUUCUCCAACGACCCUGCAUUAUCGCCGUCAAAUCUACACACACGGGCAUCGAAGGCAUCGACCGCAUCAUUGGCAACGGAUCAAGUAUAUGGACACCCUCCAACAAACAACCAGACUCUGAGGAGAGCCACAGCAUCCUCUACACAGCGACGCAGCACGACUGCCCUCUACUUCUCUCGCUCUCGGCAGCAUGGAAUACACAAAUCACCAAACUCACCAAACUUGUCAUCAACGGCGCCGACAGUCGCGACACCCGACAUCCCCGGAUCCUAAUCUGUGGUCCAAAGGGCGUCGGCAAGUCCACCUUCCUGCGGCUAUUACUAAACUCCCUUGCAUCUGCAUCGUCGUCUAAAAACAAGGUCACUCCAGCAGUCCUCGAUCUCGAUCCUGGACAGCCUGAAUUUGCACCAGCGGGGAUUUUGAGCGUGUGUGUGCGUGACGAGCCGGUGUUUGGGCCGUCGUUGUCGCAUUGUUCGAUGGGAGGGUUGGCUAAAGCUAGUCAUUUUGGAUAUAUCUCACCGCGCGAAUCGACGGCUGAUUAUAUUCGUCAUACGGAGAUUUUGGAAGAUUAUUACUCAAAUCAUAUCUUACGCUCUACAGCACCAGCACCACUCUCAUCGCUCGACGAUGAAGAAGAGACAGAGAGUCUUGUUGAGAGCGAAGAAGAAGAUUACACUCCAGCACCACAGCAGGAAACACAAACUCCUCUACUCAUCAACACCUCCGGCUGGAUCAAAGGCGAUGGUGUCCGAGUUUUGAAAGAAGUCAUCACAACUACGAAACCAGAUAUAAUAGUCUACAUCGGUCCCACGCUGCCACGACCAGGCCAGGUUGACCUCAACUCCGAACUCGCAGAGAUGUUGUACGAUACAGUCGGGAUCGACGAUAAAGGACGAGUGGGCUCAAGACUGAAGAUGCUUCAGCCUUUUAAAGCUCAAGAUACGGGCGGCGAGCGACCUAGAUUAGCGCUGCGGUUUACUGCUGCCGACUUGAGGAAUGCGCAGACAAUGUCGUAUUUCCACGCUGUUGGCAGCUGUGCUUGGGACUUUGAACAGCCGUUGACGGAGAAAGUGCCGUAUGUGAUACCAUAUGCCGGAUUGAAAGACUGUGCACAUGUGGUGGAAAUACUACAGCAGGAAGAGUGCGAGGAGUUACUCUACGAGCACGUGCUGAGUGCGAUUAAUGGCACGAUUGUGGGAAUCUCGAGCAUGACAAUGGCGAAGGAAAUAGUCAGGCCUGUGUCUGUCGGCGACGGUCUGCCAGACUUGCCAAUGACUACUACACCUACACUCUCCUCUCGCGAGGCCAGCAGUCUAGAUUGUAUCGGGCUAGGCAUACUCCGCGCGAUCGACCACCGCAAAGGCCUCCUCCAGAUUCUCGUGCCGCGACAUGUAGCAGACUCUGCGCGCGCGGCAGUCAAGCGCGGCGCGAUGAUUGUGUUUGCGCGGGGAAGGCUUAGUCUGCCGCUGCACGCGGCCUGGGACGGCCGCAGCGGGAAACAAGUAGUAGCAGGUGUGCCGCUGGCCAAAGUGCCGUAUCUGACCGCGGACGAAGAAGGCGCGGAGGUGCAGCAGAUUGCGGGCGGGCAGGCGCUGCGGGUGCGGAGGAAUGUGUUGAGGAAGAAUCAGCAGAGGUGAGGAUGGUCGAGAUGGCUGCGGAAGAUGCUGGAGGCCGGGGCCGCAGCCGGAAAAACUCUGGGUCCGAAGCGGCCGCAUGCAGCGGUUCGACAAGGAGAUAGAGAUGUGGUUUGUAUAUACAAUGAAGACACAUAUUCUACACAAGACUAUUAUAGACAUAUACUCUAUUCUCCAUCUUUAAUAUCCAAUCUCUUCUCUUCUGAUAAACACAGCAACUCGUAGUUCUCGCCAACGGC